GGGGAAAAAAUUAAUUCGGACAACAUCCGUGAAAAGUUCCCUAUCCUGUUAGAACAGAUUUAUAUUUCUUUCUGCUUCUAGUGCUUUAGUUACAACUCAACAAGGAGACAUAGCAAUAUGAAUGUUAAGAGCACAUUUCUUUUUCUGUGGUCACUGUUAUUUACGCAGACUUUAGCAGCAGGUCUCCGUAUCGGUCCAGCGGUCUGCAUGCUGGCCUGUGACUUUGACAAUGGCUACGUUCUGUCAGACAGAGGGUGUGCCUGUGUCAAGGUCAAGGGCUCCAUUCCCGCUUGUCCAGAACUGAGAUGUGGUCCCAGGGCGUGCCUCUCGUUCAAGACGGACGUCAACGGCUGUCCCACAUGUGAUUGUGAUUGUCGCCCAGCUGUUUGUCCGUCUACACCGUGCAGGUACGGUGUGCAGCGUUUUACUGAUGGCAAAGGAUGCCCAGCCUGUACCUGCUUGAGCCCUGCCCCGAGGUGACUGUCUACCACUGCCCAUAAUGUGAUUUUAACUGCAAAGAAAUACUGACCACUUAUGAUUUCGACAAAACAUUGAAGCUUGCUUUCUUAUCUAUAUUAUAAAGUAGAAUGUGAGGUGUAUGUAUGUAUGUAUGUUACUUAUAGACAUCAAAACCGCUUGACCAAUCUUGAUAAAACUAGGCAGGAAUGUUCCUUGGAUACUAACUUAGACCGUAGUGUAUGUAUUGUAGCCCUAAAACAAACUUAAGACCCUACAAAAAAAUAAAGUUGUCCGACUCUAUUACAGCUAUAGUAUUUUAUGGAUCUAGACCAUGGUUAACAAUGUUGACAUGAGAAAAGAUCGAAAGGAUUUAGACGUAGAUCUAAUUUUAAGAAAUACACUUUGCGCAGAUAGUUUUUUACUUUGACACAUGAAAACACAAAAGAAGAUCCAUUGAUUUCAUUAUAUAAUAAAAUUAACCUUCGAUUUUGUGUUUCAAAAGCAUUUUUUACAUAAAUUAGUUACUGAUAUCUGUGACUACAGAUUUCCUGACGAACAUUCUUUCAUUAGACAAUACCGUAAUGAAUCACGUACUAAAAAUUAAUUCGUUUAAUUGUUUACUUUAUAAUCCCAUCCCUAGAUCUAAAAUUCUAAUUCAACUCUAAGAUGAUAAAACUUCUCUUCGCACAGAUAGUUUUAUACUUUAACACAUGAACAUACUAAUUAUAGUCCAUUCAUUUCAUAUUUUGAUCAAAUAAACAUUCAAAUUUGGUUUUCUAAAGCAUUUUUAAUAGACUACAUUCGUUUACGAAAGCUGCGAAGCCGAGUUGAGAUAGGUCUAGAUCUAGAUUUUCAUUCAUGAAUCGCGUACUAAAAAUUAUUUCGUUUAAUUGUUCACUUUAUAAUCCCAUUCAUUUAACAAAGCAACGAUCUUUUCAUUUUUAAUAGAUAUGAAUGUAUCGACUUCGGGUAAACCCAUUCUCGUAAACCUAAUUUUAUUUUCGAAGCGAAAGAGAAAAAAACUUGAAAGGAUCAUUAGUUAAGUUUAACAUACAUCUAAAUCCAAUCCACUAGAUUAGUAAACACAAACUUAGACCCGCAGGCCGCGGGUAAUGUUAGGCUAGUUGACAAUAUAUGCACUUACUAUUCUGAAAUUAAACAUUAAAAAAUCUCCACAUUUGAUUCAUGUCUUUUAUUUCACUUUUCAAAUCAACAGAAUGAAAAACUCGUGGCACAUUUAUUUAUGGCGUUUCUAAGAGAGGCGAAGGGGCGAAGAAUCACGUGACUAAAAUGAACACAUGUUACAAAUGAAUACUAUUUUAUAACGUUUUGGACGAUAUGAGGUCAUAAAGGUCUUAUUACUGUCUUGUUUUUGAAUUGCUUCUUGCUAUAAUUUGAAUUGAUUGUAUUGGUUCUAAGCUAGGAAUAAUCGAAAACAUAUGGUGCCCGCAUUCAAAUAAUGUACAUGUACAUUCGUAUAGGUCCGCGCUAAAUAACGUACAUUCAUAAAGGAUGGCUGCCUGGUCAUGUGGUUUGCGCGCUGCACUGUCGUUCGGACUUAUCGAUGGUCUCUGGUUCAAACCCUGCCCGCUUCCAUCCCCCGUCGUCCAGCGGAAGGUUUUAGACUAGGAAGUAAAGUAUCUUCAACUCUCAAGGAACAUUCGAAACAUGUCAAACAUUGGACAAAAUGUUUUUUUUUACAAUGUCUGCAAUACCGCGUUAAAUAAUGUACAUCCAUAUAGGUCAAGGUGAAAUUAUCCAUGUAAACAAUCUUUUGUGCAGAGGUGAACGACCCAGGCUAAUAUCCGGUCAACAUGUUUUUCUGGGAAGUUUCUUGAGUAUCUCACACGUCACAAAACGUCAUGGCGGAAGUGGUGGAGCUGACCAACCAGUAGCCACCAACCCCCUCUCUCCAUCUCCCAGCUGAAACAAAUGUAUCAUAUAAGCCUCUGUCUGUAAGUCCGUGCUACGAAAAAUAGAUGAAAUAAGUCCAACGACUGAGGGUAAAGAACCGAAUUGAGUAAUUCCCCCCCUCUAACAAAGCAAAUCUUGUUCUGUCCUGGCAAAAGAAAUGGGUCAAUUAAAGAAUCCCAGAGACAUUUUAAAAACAAAGUAUAUUAGGGUAAGUGAUGAAAUGCAAGUCAAAGAGAUCAACCAUUAUUGUGAAAUGUCUAACAAGUAAAGCCAAAGAAAGAUCAACCAUUAUUGUGAAAUGUCUAACAAGUAAAAGCCAAAGAAAGAUCAACCAUUAUUGUGAAAUGUCUAACAAGUAAUGCCAAAGAAAGAUCAACCAUUAUUGUGAAAUGUCUAACAAGUAAAGUCAAAGAAAGAUCAACCAUUAUUGUGAAAUGUCUAACAAGUAAAGUCAAAGAAAGAUCAACCAUUAUUGUGAAAUGUCUAACAAGUAAAAGCCAAAGAAAGAUCAACCAUUAUUGUGAAAUGUCUAACAAGUAAUGCCAAAGAAAGAUCAACCAUUAUUGUGAAAUGUCUAACAAGUAAAGUCAAAGAAAGAUCAACCAUUAUUGUGAAAUGUCUAACAAGUAAUGCCAAAGAAAGAUCAACCAUUAUUGUGAAAUGUCUAACAAGUAAAGCCAAAGAAAGGCUGACAGUGUGAGUCAACUAAUGUAUUCAAAUGUAAGCAGCAAGAACACCACAUUGGAGUGAUUUUAAGCAAAGUCUCAAGUUCAACGUCUAGACUCUGGAGAGUUAAUAACAUUUAAUGCGAAUAUACACACAAACAAACACAAAUUUGUCUUGCGUCUUUAGUUGUUUGCCCAUUAAAUUUCGACACUAUGUUUGGAGAAAUACUCCUACACCAAACAAUGUAAAACCUUUAGUAGAUAAUUUAGCUAUCGAUUAGUUGGUAAAUUAAUUAGUCAGUAGGACAUUAUCAAUAAAUUAAGUUUUAAACCUUUGGGGGGGGGGGGGGGAAAUGUCGAUUGAGCCAAAUGUGUUGAACAUGUAUUGCCAGGUUCGAAAUCAUGGACAAGCUGUGUUUUGUAGUUAUCAUCCUGAUUGGGAUCUUUGGGAACAGUUCUUUAGCACAGCCAGGUAUUACAAGAUGCAACUUGAAGUGUCCUAACAACUUCAAGUUGGACACAGUCAAAUGUGUUUGCAUUUUACAAGAGUGUCCAAAACUAGAAUGUAAAUUCGUCUGCCCAGCGGGACUGGUUGAAAACGAAUACGGUUGCCGUGAGUGUGCGUGCCGAGCUGUGCCACAACCUUGUCCCAAAACCUGUGACCAGGGGUGCCAGCUUGGCGACAAGAUCGAUGGAAAAGGUUGUAGGAUAUGUGAAUGUGAAGCUUCCACUCCUGAAACUCCCCAGUGCCCUGUUUGUCCUUCCUCGUGUCCUCCGGGCGAGGAUAUUCUAGACGACAAUCUAUGUCCCACUUGCCAGUGCGUUGAAAAGACAACACAGCCCAAACCAAAAUGCCCAGAUUGUACAAUUACUUGCCCAGAUGGCUAUGUACUUGGUGAUGACGGAUGCCCUACUUGCAAGUGCGUUGUAAAGCCAACAACGCCCAAACCGAAAUGCCCAGAUUGUAAAAUUACUUGCCCAGAUGGCUAUGUACUUGGUGAUGACGGAUGCCCUACUUGCAAGUGCGUUGUAAAGCCAACAACGCCCAAACCGAAAUGCCCAGAUUGUACAAUUGCUUGCCCUAAUGGCUACAUAAAAGGUGAUGACGGAUGCCCUACGUGCAUGUGCACAGUAAAGCCCCCUCCAACUUCUUGCCGAUCACUUUCACGUUGCAUAUUAAUUUGCCUUGAGGGCAAUGUGCUCGACAGCAACGGAUGCCCCAUCUGCAAGUGCAAAGAAAGGACAACACCAGCGCCUGCCUGCAUACCGCCCAUGUGUGACGACGAUUGUGACGUCUACGAAAAGGAUGAGAAUGGCUGCGAGACCUGCGAGUGCCAUAUCGAAGAACCCCUGUGUCCUGACAAUGUUUGCACCACGCAAUGCGCUUACGGCUUCGUCAUUGACCAGAACGGUUGCCUGACCUGUCAGUGUAAAGAGAAGCCCAAACCGAGGUGCCCUACCCUUACUUGUAAAGUGAGCUGCAGGAUAGGCUACGCAGUUGACGCCAACGGAUGCAACACUUGCAGCUGUAAAUCGUAAUAUUGGACAGGAUUGCGUAACAAACAACUGAUUUGAAAAUAGUGCAGCCAAAUUCCUUUAUAGAAUCUUCUUUUUAAUAAUAUAGGCUAAUUGAGAAAGUGGAUUGUGAGAUUUUUAAUUAGCAUUUAUUCCCAUUGAGAGCUUACAGUGACACGUAUACAGCCAGUGAACCAAGGAUUUCAACAUUUGUUGUUUUAUUUCGUCUAAUUUAUUCGGUGUGCUAACGCUAAAGGAACGUCUUGGUGACGUAGUUAGCUCAGCUCAAAUUUGGACUACACCUUACACGCUUUCGCCAUUUCCUGGCUCGCAAACACCUUCUUAACUCGGAUAGUUCUCAUGAAGUCGUCACUGUAACAAGAGUUCAAUCCUUUCGACAAUAAUCUAAUUUGCUACAAAAAAAACAACAACAACAAAAACAGAAUAAUUAAACAAAAAAAAACUAGAUCUUCAGCGAUGUUAACUUUAAAACUAAACAAUAAAUAGAAUUACAGCUCAA